CUUGGGUGAGUCUGAGAAACCAUAAACUGUGCAGAGAAGCGCAGGCUUGGCACUGUUAACCUCAACAGGAGCCAAAAUGCAAGAAAUCACCAAGAUGUUUAUACUGCAUGGACUUCACAUAUUCUACCUCCUUGUAUUUCAUUUGGCUGCCUGCCAGCAUACAGAGGAACUGCAUCUAAGCGGACCUCUGCAAGACAUGACUUUCAGUGUUCAAGAAGGUACAAUUGGAUUUCAGUACCUAUACCAGUUCAUAAUAGAGCCGCCUGCUGAUAGUCUGAGACUAAGUGGUGAAACAGAUGGCAUCUUUGAAAUCGGACCAAAGCAAGGAAUUUUGUAUUUCAAUAAGACUUUAGACAGAGAAACCAAAGCUGUCUAUAAGUUACAGGUGAAUGCCGUAGAUGCAAAGGGAGAGAAAGUAAAAGGUCCCUACAUUAUCACUGUAAAUGUUCAGGACAUCAAUGAUAACCAGCCGCAGUUUGACCAGGAAAAGUAUUUUGGAGUAGUGAGGCCACUACCUUCACGUGCAGGCAAACCUUUCAUGUAUGUGCAUGCUACUGACUUUGAUGAUCCUACAACUCCCAAUGCACAGCUGAGUUACAGCAUUUUCCAGCAUUUUCCUAACCCCUAUAAUGUGAUGCUUUUUGAGAUCAAUAAUAAAACUGGAGGAAUCGCUACUAGUCCUCAAGGAGCUCGUCUUCUAGAUCCCCAGAAGCAGGAUCAUUUCACCCUUGUUGUCACAGUGAAGGAUUUGGCAGGAAUGACAGGGAAUGCUUUCACCAAUAAUGCUGAUGUGGAAAUCACUGUUAAGGAGAACCUUUGGAAGGCACCUCCUCCAGUACAUAUCAGAGAGAACUAUCUUGGUCCCUAUCCCAACAACAUCACUCAGGUACAGUGGAAUGAUCCAGAUGCAAAAUAUGAACUUCUUCCAAAAGAGAGGUUGCCCAGGUUCCCAUUUACGAUCAAUAAGAACGGGACUAUUUAUGUGACUGAACCAUUGGACAGGGAAGAAAAGGAUUUUUAUACCUUCUAUGCAACUGCAAAAGAUGAACAAGGAGAAAUACUAGACAAGCCUUUGGAAAUUCAAAUUGUGGUGGAAGAUGUUAAUGAUAAUCCACCUGUGUGCCAGAAAGCUUUAACCAUAUUUGAAGUUCAGGAGAAUGAAAAUGUAGGAAGUAUUAUUGGAACUCUGGAAGCUUCAGACAUGGAUCAACAAGGCACUCUUAAUUCUCGCUUGCAAUUCCAUAUUGUGGAUCAGAACCCCAAAAUUCCUGUAGAUAAAUUAUUCAUUGUUCAGCAAGAAGCCGGGACAUUCCAGUUAAGGAGCUCUUCAUUAAACAAGCACAUAGUUUCUAACUAUACCCUGAAAGUGGAAGUAACAGAUGCAGGAUUCAAAACAGAGUGUGAUGUGCAAAUAAAUAUCAUUGACAUCAAUGAUCAGAUUCCCAUCUUUGAAAAAUCAGAUUAUGGUAAUGUGACUAUUCCAGAAGAUACUCCAAUAGGAAAUGUAAUACAAGAAAUUCAAGCUACUGAUGUAGAUGAACCAUUCACUGGAAGCUCUCAAAUCAUUUACCAGAUUGAAGAGGGGGACCCAGGAAAAAAUUUCUUCAUAGAGACAGACCCCAAAACAAAUAGAGGAUUCAUCAAGAUUCAAAAGGCUCUCGAUUUUGAAAAAACUCCAAUGUAUAACCUUACGAUCAAGGCCACAAACCCUGAACCUCUGGUGUCUGGAGUACAGUAUCGGUCAAACUCCACUGCCUAUUUCAGAGUUAUUGUGACUGAUGUGAACGAACCACCUGUUUUCAGGCAGCUUACUUAUAUAACAGCUGUAUAUGAAGAUACUCCUGUAAACACCUGGGUAAUGAAAGCAGAGGCAUAUGAUCCUGAGGGGGAUGAAAUAAGAUAUACCUUAAAGAACAAUAACAGGAAGUGGCUACGAAUUGAUGAAAUCUCUGGAGACAUAUAUAUUGCUUCACAUUUGGAUCGAGAAACAGAACGUGCAUACAGAGUAGAGGUCACUGCAAUACAGACAAGUAAAGAAUCUCAGAGCUCCACAGCGAUCUUCAUACUACACAUAAGAGACGUGAAUGAUAAUGCUCCCCGCUUAGCUAGGAAUUAUUCUCUAUUCUUCUGCCAUCCACUCAGUGGAGGAGAAGGUGCACAAAUUGAAGCUACUGAUGAUGAUGAACAUGAUCCAGAGUUCACUUUUUCUAUUGAGGGUGAUGAAAAUAUAAAAAGGAACUGGGGGAUCUCUAGAAUCAAUGGUACCCAUGUUUACCUUUACCCAAAGAGCACUGAUCUAGAGGCAAAAAUGCAUAACAUCCCACUAAAAAUUAAGGACAAGGGAGAACCACCAUUGGAAAGAAACCUGAAUCUCCAAGUAAACAUCUGCAGGUGUACAGAUGCCAGGACAUGUUUUAUUGAAUUAGCACACAAUUCACAGUCACCAUCAGUCGGCAUGGCGGUUGGUAUCCUUCUUGCAGUAGCGAUAGUCGUUGGUGGGAUUUUAGGGGGUGUAUUCUUCCACUUGAACCGCAAGAAAAAGAAGGAAAGAAAAGAAGCAGACCAGAAUGCAAAAAAUCCAGCUGAAAUGAUAGCACUGACGUCAUAACUGGAAAUACAUUUUAUAACUAGUUUUUGCAUAAAUGUGUUUUUAGAAACUUCUGACACAGGUAAAUGUAGUUUCCUCCAAUCCUCCUCCCCCCACACCUCCUUUCUUGGUUAAUAAUAUUCAGUUUUACAAAAGCAAAACCAUAUGUUAAGUACACAGGUAACUAUUAACACACAUACCAGUCUUUCCAGGGGGUAUAAAACAUGAUGAUGUCAAGGGCCGUGAGCUUGAAAAGAGUUAUGGACAGAAACAUUCCUGUUUGCAUGGCACAUCUUGGUAAAUGCCAACUUGAAAUAAUGACCAUUCUAUAUUUUAGAGUGGCUACCUUCUUCCACAACUCUCUUCACAGUGGCUAACAGAAUGUCAAGCAAUGUAUUCAGAGUAUAAGAAAAUGAAGUCCUAAAUUAGACUUGGGAGUCUCUCACACAGUGGGAGGGAUCUGCUGAUCAUCAGUUUAAUUGCUUCCAAAAACUGGCCUAGAAAUAUUCUGACUCACAGCAUACAUGCUUAUGCUUGUGAAUGCAUAACAACAAUAUAUUAAGCUUAAAUUUGGUGAAGCAGAAGGUGUUUAAAUUUUCCCUUCACUGUCUGUGUCAAGUGGGCACCAUUGCCACCAUUAAUAAAUACUUUUUUUAAACAAUAAAGAACAUGAGACAGUGGGAUAUCAUCUUCUUUGUAGAAUAUUGUAAAUAAUUGUUUGCCCUGUGCAUACUGCAAAGCUAUAGAACAUUCUCUCAGCAGAUUUGUUGGUGGUCCAUAAAAAAAGAAACAGCAAACUAUUGCUGCUAGCUAUUUUAGGGUUUAAUGCAAUAUUUUGCAUAAAGGAUAUCUGCAAUGGCAACUUUUCACAAGUUAGUGUGAAUUUACAACUGUUUUGAUCAAGAUUUGGAAAUUGUACAUUGAAAUCUUUCCAGGGGGGCUAUUGAAUAUUACUGUGCCUGCAGUGACUUGCAUUGGACCCCUGAGGCAUUCUCUGGAAAGAAAAUAUAUUUUGUUUAGAAGCUUGCUUAUAGUAGGGCAUCAUUUGGCAAUAAACUGAUAAGGAUUGUUUCAAAAGGACUAAAAACUUACAAAUAUUCCACUGAAUUUGAAGGAAUGUAUAUUUUUAAAGGAGUUAGGAAAAACAAAUUCGUACAAGAAUGAAGAAUAAGUAUUUACAAAGCUGGAAAGAAAGGACUAGAACAUUUUCUUGGUAACAUUGCAUUAAGUAUGUUUCCUAGAGUGUUGCCAGCAAAAACUUUGCUUUUGGCCUUCAACCAUUCAGUAUAAUUGUCAGAUGUCUCACCACAUCUUGUUGUCCAGCUGUUGAAGACAGCUGUUGGAGAGGCUUUUUUGUGGGGUUAUCUCAUCUGCUGGAAUGUAUUUGUUUGUGUGAGAACAUCAACCAAUUAUAUUCAGAAACUGUGAUAUUACAUUACGUCAGUGUCCAGAACUUGAAAUCAGUGCAUAUUUAUAAAUCAUAAAUAAAAUAAAUCAGUAGGAACUAAAGGCCAAGAUCCAUUGUACUUUUAUGUACCAAUAGAGUUUUGUACAUUCCCUGUUUUGAAAUAAAAGUGCCAUUUUGUUUGAA